CUUUCCUUAUAAAGUUAUGGUCGAGUAAAGGGCGACGUAACCUAAAGGCUAAAAUCUGAUUGCAGAAGGGACUGGUCAGGUGACUUCCACUGAUCCCGUGACUUUUUCAUUUUCCUUCGUUCAAAUUUGAAAAAUAUUUAUCACCUCGUGGGUUUUUUUUCAUUCUUUUGUUUUCUUCUAGUUCGACUUUAACCUUGUUUUUGGACAGUAACAGGACAUGGACAGCCUUGAACAAGGAAUUGGGAAUAGCCCUGACAAAGACAGUGUAGAUGAUCCUGAAAUGUUGGUUGACAACCGAAUUCUUGCCCCUGGAAUCACUAUAGUAGAAGAAGAAGGAACUUUGACUUCUGCUGACCUUGAUGGAAAUUCAGGAUCAAAUGAGAAUGCUGUCAUGUAUAGGGUAAUGCAAGUUGGCUCUUCUGGUGAAAUGAUAGAAUUACCACAAAUUGUAACUGGUAAUUUCACUUCUGGAACUACCCAGCCAGCACUCAUAAACCCUCUCAACACUGGCCAUUCUACGCAAUUCUACAUUGUUGGUGCAGCACCCGACAUGUUGAAUACAGGUACACAACGUACGAUCGCUCCCAGAGGCAGUGUUCCAGAGAGGACUAUACCAGUUAGUCGCGAAUCUUCUGGUUCAAGAGCAAGUGCUGUGCACGGAGAAACUAGAGACGGCCAAUUUUUCAUUGUUGGAGCAGCCACAGACAUGUUGACUGGAGGAACACCACGUACUAUUGCUCCAAGAGGCAAUGUUCCAGAAAGAAGUAUCCAAAAUAGUCGAGAAUCUACUUCUUCAAGCGCUGGGCAUGGAGAACCUAGAGACGACCGCCGUAGAGUAAGCCAUAACGAAGUUGAACGCCGUCGAAGAGACAAAAUCAACAACUGGAUUCUCAAGUUAGGAAAAAUCAUGCCCGAUUCCGUUCACAAUGACGCAGGAAAAACUGGUCAGCAGAGUAAAGGUGGAAUCCUUUCCAAAGCGUGUGACUACAUCACCGAUAUCCGAACUGCCAAUCAGCGAUUAGCUGAAGCACUUCGCCAGUCAGAGCAUCACGUGGAAGAGUUGCAAGCGGAGAAUGCUGCCUUGAGAAAAGAAUUGGAACAGUUACACAUGUCGGGAAUUGGCAAAGGCUAAAUCGGUAUAGGUCACGACCCUUUUGUUUGUUGGGAAUUUGUUUCGUUAACUUUUAAAUGAAUAGUGAACUUUGCGCGUGUCGUCUGUAUAAAUUAGGAUUGAAUGUUUGUUUUCAUUUUAUGUCGGUGAAACAAAACACAAUUUGGUUGUUUGCAUUUCCCACGGUCUUCGGUAACUGUUACUCUAUACCUGCUGCAAUGUUUUAACUUCUGAACUGACCAUAGGAGAACCUCUCCCGUUUCUUAAAUGAAUGUAAAGUAAUCGCGUUCAAAUUACUUAUUUGAACAUAUCCUUGUACAAUUCAACCAGUCAAAAUAAGAAGGUAAAACAAAAUGGUUUAAUACUAGACAAAUAAACUAUCCAGCAUUGUUUAAA